AUGUCCAACACCUCGCUUUUUCACCGUGCAGCUCCUUUUCAAAUCAUCAGCAAAAUUCAUUCGGUCUUCUUUGACGGCACCAACAGCACAAAUCAGACCAACGGCUCCCCUCAAUUCAUCUCCAUCAAAUUCCAACUUGCAAUAGCACACAGGCCUCCGAAGACAUCUCGAAUUCUCCCACUCCCACAAGCUCAGACCUGGAGAGCAGCUUUACUAGUAAGCUAUUAUUUUGCAGAUUGA